ACGACUCCGUGCCACUGUACGUCCGAUUCCGAUAGUUUCUGUACGCGAAUACAAUAUAUUAACAUAGAUAUACCUGCAGUUACAUAUUAUAUACGACAAAAAUAAUAUUUAUUGUAUAAUAUUAGUGAGGUUAAAAAUUAUCAUUUGAAAUGCUUUUACCGAAUCCCGAGGACGAUCCCGAAUCAAAAGAACAAGACAUAGACUUUACGUCAUUGCCAUUAAACGAAGCGCUGCAAAGACGCCGAGAAGAAUGCGAGCGAAAAGCCAGACGGGGGGAAAUGGACCCUCGUCUGGAGUUCACGUUCCAAUUACUCAUUGACCACACUGGUCUACCGAGAAAUUCCGUCAUGGAUUAUGUGUUCGAAUCCAACAUGUUGGAUCAGAUCAACGAGUUAUUCCUGCCACACGGUAGAUCUAAACUAAUGUGGUUCUAUCAAGAUGUUGAAGUCGAAGAUACCGAAUCGUUCGAAAUGGCGGUUCAGUUAAAGCCCAAUAAUAGCAGCAGAAACCUUCAACGAAGACUCAGCAUAAUGUCAAAGCCCAAAAAAAAGAAACUCUUCCUCACAGAUGGUUGGGAAGUCGGGUUGACAGGAAUUUGCAUUUACAUCAUCCGUCUUAAUACCACCAAACAGUUGCCAGAAGAAGGUUUUCACAAAGAUUUGAUCUGUGGAACUCUGGACGCGGAAAAAAAAGGAUUGGUCAAGAGCAUUGCCAAAAUCAUUGAAUAUGUGUUCAUACCAGCAUUAGCCAUACCACAAACAGCCGACGAACCUUCUGACGAUCAACCAGACUGCCCGUUGAUCAAAAGCCAAUUGCUCCCUGAGCUAAGAUCGUUCUGCAGCUGUUUGAAAGUAUGUGAAGAAGUUUGCGAUCAGCCAAAUAUCUUUGCUGAUAGUAUGAGUUUAAUAUCAAAAGUGCCUUCCUACAGGGAGGCCAAACAUCUUGCCACAAAUAGGGAUGAAAUACUGAUUUUAGAGAAACGUGUAACAAAUUGGAUACGAAAAAUACGAGAAAUAUUGUUAGAAGAUGAGAAGUUGAAGUACGAAAGUGAUACUAGUGGCCCGCAAGAUGAAUUGGAGUUUUGGAAAAAACGCGGAGCACAAUUUUCACAAAUUGCUGCUAAUCUCAGUUGGGAAGAGGUAAUCAUGACCAUUUGUUGCUUACAACUCUCGCGUUCUCGAAUGGUUGACCGAUGGAGACGUACAGAUAAUCAUUUGACACUGUGCUAUAAUGAAGCGAAAGAUAACUCAAAAUACAUCCAAGCAUUGGAAAAAUGCUGUCAUUCGCUGUACCUUGAUAAUCCAGUUAAAAUGAGAAACUCAUUAGUUCGUAUGCUUCAAACAGUACGUCUUAUUCACGAUGUGUCAAUGUUCUAUAAUACUACAGAAAAGAUAUCAUCUCUUAUGGUUAAAAUUACAAACCAAAUGAUAGAAAGCUGUAAACUUCACAUUACCAAUAGAAAUAAAGACACUAUAUGGUCUCAAGAUAGAGCGACUCUGACGACUAAGUUGAAUGAAUGCAUUACAUUAAACAAAUUAUACCAUAACACUUACGAAAGAGUGAAACAUCACCACGGAGCAGGGAGACAAUUUAGUUUUUCUGAAAAUUACGUAUUUGGCAAAUUCGAUGCGUUUUGUGAUAGAUUAAUCAAAAUUUUAACAGUUUUCGAUACAAUUGACGAUUAUAAUGGACUGUUUGAACGAAGAAUGGAGGGUUUGAUGUUCGGGGAUGCGUUAGACAAUGCAGUGCGGACUUUUGAAGAAGCCAAAUUAGUAGUGAUGAACAAAAGUUAUGAUUAUUUAGAUCAAAAAAAUAAAGAAUUUGAUCACGAUUAUACAACAUUAUUCGUUAUGGUCCAAACUUUGAAAGAUGAAUUAGCAUUCACGAUAGAAACUAAUUUUAAUUCUGUCUGGGAAACAGGUCAAGGAAUAAAAUUCCUUGAUAAAUUUGAAAAAAUCGCUACAAAAAUACCAGUGACACGAAUGGAUAUAAAAUAUAGUAGAGUACUGAAAUAUUGUGAAAGUCAAAUAGAUAGGACAUUAAAAUUAUUUAAAAAACGAAGGAACAAUCCUCCUGUUCCUAAGAAUUUUCCACCACUAUCAGGUCGUAUUGUCUGGGUCAGGUCUUUACGACAACGUUUAAGUUAUUUAAUGGAUGAAGCAACCGAUCAUCCAGUGUUAAAAGUAAUGCCAGAAAUGACAGAAGUACAAAAAAAAUUUGCCACUAUGUGUGUAGCUUUGUUUAACUACGAAGAAGAAAUUAAAAAUAUUUGGAUGAACCAUAAUGUUAAAGUUAUAGAAUACUGUUUAGUUCAACCACUAUUAAAGUUUAAGAAUACUAAUAAUAUGGUUUAUGUUAACUUCGAUCCAAGAUUGAAUCUACUUAUACUAGAGUCAAGUUGUAUGUUAAAAAUGGAACUAAAAGUUCCUAUAGUCACCAAGGCUUUAUUUUUUAGAAAAGAUCACUUUACACUAGUUUGUGACACAUUACAAUGUAUGUUGAAUAAAAUGAGAAAAGUUGCAAGCAGCAUUAACCUUGAUGUAAGACCUCUUUUUGUCACUCAGCUUGUAUGGCUUUUGGACCUUUUAACGCCUGGCUUGCAAAAAAUUGAUUGGACAGAUCCUGAAUGGAGACAUUUUGUUGAAAAAACCAACUCCGCCAUAGAUAAAUUUCAAGUUUUAGUAACCAGAAUCCAUGAUGUUUAUAAUAAUAGAAUACUCCAGGUACUCUCUUCAAUGCAGUCAAUUACACUUCAUACUUUUCCCGAAGAUGGAUCUACUUGGACCGCUGAUGAAUUCUUAGAUAAAAUAGACGAAACGUGUCGUCAAGCAUCUUUGGAACUGAAUCGAAAAAGUAUUCUAGUAGAAGAAGCAGUUGAAGAAAUAUUAUAUCUUGUUCAAAAGGCUAAUGAAAGCGUUACUAUUCCUAAAUUAGAACAAGAACCAAGUCUUAAAGUUAAGACAGAUAAAGUAGAUGUAGAAAUUGUUAAGCAAGAAGGAAAGUCAAAUGAAACUCAAACAGACUGGAGUACUGUAUGUGAAUUUUUUAAUAAUCCAUUUGUCUUGGCAGCGUAUGAGUUGCCUCCAACUAUUUAUACCCUUGCAAAUAGUGCUGUUAGAGAAAUGAGACGAUAUUAUAGUCGCAAAGUUAUAGAUGUGCUUAUUAAAAUAACAAGGCAGUCGAUUGAUGCAUUAAGAAAAAAGUUUUCUCAAGAAUCUAAUGAAAAUCCUAUUUUUGAAGUGCACGCAAUACUAAUGAUUCCUUCGAUUGUGAUUAGACCAAGUAUAAAUGAAUUACAAGAGUUGAUGAUCCAAGCGGGAAAAAUUAUGGUAGGAGUAUCCAAAGGAGUCGGACAGUGGUCUGGUAAUAAAAAAACAAAGGUGUUAGCAGGAAAACACUGGAAUCAGUUAAAGAAAGACUGCAGCGAGCGUAGAGAAAAAUUUUUUUCUAAAGUUGUUAUUUCUGAUAUGGAACAGAGUGUACCAGCAACCGUGCCCACUAUAGAAGAUGCAAGAGCCAAACGUCGAAGGUUAUAUAAAUUAGCAUCCGAGAGAAAACCGCCAUUCCCAGUAAUGCAUAGAAAUUUCUAUUCACACGUUACUGAAAACAAAGAAAUCGUCAAGGCACUUUCGUUACUUUCUACAUGCGUGCAACCGUUAAAACCAAUGCUAUUCGAAUUUUUGAAACUUUGGGUGCCAUAUAAGAUUUUGUGGAAUAAUGACUUAUCAGAGAGACGAGACUUAUCAACGGUUUCACUUUUGGAUUCGGAAGCAUACCUUCAAAAACAUCAUGAACUCUUAGAACGUUUAAAUAUAAAGCCAGAUACUUAUGAAUUUGGAUCUUGUGUCUUAGUAUCUGUUGAAAAAUUAAAAUAUGGCCUAACCAUUGAAGUUAAAUCAUGCAAUCGUCGAAUCGGUCAGUUGCUACGCAAAAAAUACCACCGUGAAAUGGAUUACGUAUAUGCCGUGAUGAAUGAAAUGGAAAGAAAGUUAGAACGACCAAUUAGAGAUUUAGAUGAUAUUAGAAUGGUCAUAGAAACAUUAAAAAAAAUAAGAGAAAAUGAAGUUGACAUGGACCUUAAAAUAGAACCGAUCGAGGAAGCAUUUAAUGUAUUAACACGUUAUGAUUUACCGGUAGAUAGAGAAGAUUUAGAGUUGGUUGAUAACGUUAGGUAUUGUUGGCAAAGAGUGUUAACACGUGCUAUGGAUAUGAAUAUAUAUUUAUUAGAUUCCCAACCUCAACUUCAAACAGAAUUAGCUGAGAAUCUAAAACAUUUUAAAUUAGACUGUGUACAGUAUUGUCACGAAUACAGAACACUAGGACCAAUGAUGCCGGGUCUUUCACCAAGAGAAGCUUCAGAUAGACUAAUCAUGUUUCAAAAUCGUUUUGACGGUAUGUGGCGUCGCCUACAAUCUUAUCAAAGCGGGGAAGAAUUGUUUGGUUUAGAAACUACAGAAUAUCCCGAGCUAGUUCAAAUACGCAAAGAACUGAAUCUUCUACAAAAACUGUACAAACUCUAUAACGAUGUGAUAGACCGAGUUAGCAGUUACUAUGAUAUUCCUUGGGGAGAUGUCAAUAUAGAGCAGAUAAAUAAUGAAUUAAUGGAAUUCCAAAACAGAUGUCGUAAAUUACCCAAAGGGUUAAAAGAAUGGCCUGCUUUUCAUGCAUUAAAAAGAACAAUUGACGAUUUUAAUGAUAUGUGUCCCUUGUUAGAACUUAUGGCAAAUAAAGCUAUGAAGCAAAGACAUUGGCAGAGAAUAAUGCAAAUCACUGGUUACAAUUUUGAAUUAGAAAGUGAAGGAUUUUGUUUAAAAAAUAUUCUAGAAGCACCUUUAUUAAAACAUAAAGAGGAUAUAGAAGACAUAUGUAUAUCAGCCAUGAAAGAGAAAGAUAUCGAAGCGAAACUCAGACAAGUCACUAACGAAUGGUCUGUACAAGAGUUAACUUUUUUGACAUUUAAUAAUCGAGGAGAAUUAUUACUUCGGGGCGACACGACAGCAGAAACUAUUGGUCAAUUGGAAGAUAGCUUAAUGAUUUUAGGGUCAUUAAUGUCAAAUAGGUAUAACGCACCAUUCCGAAAACAAAUACAACAAUGGGUAUAUGAUUUAUCCAAUACAAAUGAAAUUUUGGAGCGUUGGCUAUUAGUUCAAAAUAUGUGGGUGUACUUGGAAGCAGUAUUUGUUGGUGGUGAUAUAGCCAAACAACUUCCAAAAGAAGCAAAGAGAUUUAGUAAAAUUGACAAGUCAUGGCAAAAAAUUAUGCAACGUGCACAUGAAACACCAAGUGUAGUUAUUUGUUGUGUCGGAGAUGACAUGUUAAAACAACUUCUCCCUCAUUUACAAGAACAACUAGAGUUGUGUCAAAAAUCUUUGAGCGGUUAUUUAGAAAGAAAACGAACAAUGUUUCCUAGAUUCUUUUUUGUUUCGGAUCCUGCUUUAUUAGAGAUCUUAGGACAAGCUUCUGAUUCACAUACAAUUCAAAAUCAUUUAUUAUCGAUAUUCGAUAACACUAAAGCUGUAAAAUUCCAUGAAAUUGAAUAUAAUAAAAUGACAGCCAUAAUUUCAACAGAAGGAGAAACUAUACCACUUGAGAGAGCUGUUAGAGCCGAAGGCAGUGUAGAGACUUGGUUAACUAGCUUAUUGCAGACAUCUCAGCAAACAAUUCAUUCAAUUAUUCGAUCAUCAAAUCAUCAGAUAAACGAUAAUAAUUUUAUUUUAUUAGCAUUCUUGGAAAAAAUGCCGGCUCAGAUUGGAAUAUUGGGAAUUCAAAUGAUUUGGACCCGAGAUUCCGAGGUAGCAUUAAUACACGCAAGGACGGAUAGAAAGCAGAUGCACGACACCAAUAAUCGAUUUUUAGAAUUACUUAAUACGUUGAUCGAUCAAACGACUAGAGAUUUGACGCGUAUUGAAAGAAUCAAGUUUGAAACAUUAAUUACUAUACACGUUCAUCAGAGAGAUAUUUUCGAUAUUUUGUGUCGUCUCAAUGUACGUUCUGUUAACGACUUUGAGUGGUUGAAACAAUGCCGAUUCUAUUUUAAAGAGGAUUUGGAUAAGACUUGGAUUUCUAUAACUGAUGUCAAUUUUAAUUAUCAAAAUGAGUAUUUAGGAUGUACAGAACGUUUAGUAAUCACCCCGCUUACAGAUAGGUGUUAUAUUACACUUGCUCAAGCAUUAGCGAUGAGUAUGGGCAGUUCACCAUGUGGACCAGCUGGUACUGGAAAAACAGAAACAGUUAAAGACAUGGCAAAAACUUUGGCAAAAUAUGUGGUGGUUUUUAAUUGCUCUGAUCAAAUGGACUAUCGAGGCUUGGGUAGAAUUUAUAAAGGCUUAGCACAAUCGGGAACAUGGGGGUGUUUUGAUGAGUUUAACCGUAUUGAACUUCCUGUUUUGUCAGUAGCAGCACAACAAAUAGCAGUUGUGUUGUCAGCAAAAAAAGAAAAGAAAAAACAGUUUACAUUUACUGAUGGAGAUCUGAUAGACCUUUGUCCUGAAUUUGGCAUAUUUAUUACGAUGAAUCCCGGUUAUGCUGGCCGCAAAGAACUGCCAGAAAAUUUAAAAAUUCAGUUCCGCACAGUGGCUAUGAUGGUUCCAGAUAGACAAAUCAUUAUCAGGGUUAAAUUAGCCAGCUGUGGAUUUUUAGAAAACAUUACGCUUGCUCGUAAAUUUUAUACAUUAUACAAACUGUGCGAAGAACAAUUAACAAAACAAGUCCAUUACGAUUUUGGGCUGCGAAAUAUUUUGUCAGUAUUAAGAACUCUGGGUGCUGCGAAGCGAGUAAAUAGUAAAGAUUCAGAAAGUACGAUUGUUAUGAGAGUAUUGCGUGAUAUGAAUUUAUCAAAACUAAUAGAUGAAGAUGAACCACUUUUCUUGUCAUUAGUCACUGAUUUAUUUCCGAAUCAGAUAUUAGAAAAAACGGCAUAUCCCGAAUUAGAAGAAGCAAUUGAAAGCCAAGUGGAAGCGGAUGGUUUAAUAUAUCAUUCACCUUGGGUUUUAAAAUUGAUACAAUUGUACGAAACACAAAGAGUUAGACAUGGAAUAAUGACCCUUGGCCCUACUGGAUCUGGGAAAACCUGUUGUAUUCAGAUUUUAAUGAAAUCUUUAACAAUUUGUGGGGAAAAUCAUAGAGAAAUGAGAAUGAACCCCAAAGCAAUUACUGCAGCACAAAUGUUUGGACGUCUAGAUGUAGCCACUAAUGAUUGGACUGAUGGUAUAUUUUCUGCACUAUGGAGAAAAACGCUGAAAUUAAAAAAAGGAGAACAUGUAUGGUUAGUGCUUGACGGACCAGUGGACAGUAUAUGGAUCGAAAAUUUGAAUUCAGUAUUGGACGAUAAUAAAACAUUGACAUUAGCUAAUGGAGAUAGGCUUCCCAUGGCCCCUUGCUGUAAAAUCAUAUUUGAGCCCCAUAACAUUGACAACGCUUCACCAGCUACCGUAUCACGUAAUGGUAUGGUUUACAUGAGUUCAUCCGGAUUAGAUUGGAAUCCAGUUCUGGCAGCUUGGCUUAAAAAAAGAAAUAAAAGGGAAUCAAAACUAUUUCGGCGAUUGUUUGAAAAUACUUUUUCAAAUAUAUAUACAUGGGCAUCGCAAAAUUUGAACAUGACUAUGAAAGUCUUACAGUGCAAUACCAUUCAACAAAUGCUACUGCUAUUACAAGGUUUAAUACCUAAAAAACCAGAUGAAGAAGAAGGAAAAGGAGAAGAUGAAGAAGAAGACGAAGAAAUCGAAGAUGAUGGUACUAAUUCUUCGGAAGAAGGUGAUGGCGUGGAUGGAAUGGAAAAUCACUAUCUCAAACCUGACAAUUUACUGCCAAGUAAAAUACAUUUACAACGUCUGUAUACUUUUUCAUUGGUAUGGGGACUAGGAGCUUUAUUGGAAACAUCAGAUAGGCAUAAAUUCAAUAGUUAUUUAAAUGAAAAUUUUAAUCAUAGCCUUGAUCUUCCUAAAAUAGAUGAUCAACCUGAUGCUACAAUAUUUGAUUUUUUUGUAACCGAAGAAGGAGGGUGGGAACACUGGAAUGUUGCUAUGUCUUCAGCAACUCCAGCAGAAUCAUCAAGUUCUGAUUACAGUCAAGUAUUGGUUCCUAUUUUAGAAAGUGUUCGUAUCACAUAUUUGAUAAAUAUCAUAGCUACACAAGAACAUCCAGUUUUAUUAAUCGGAGAACAGGGAUCAGGCAAAACUGUUAUGAUGAAAUCGUACAUGAGAUCUGCUAAACCAGAGCUUUAUUUAAAUAGAUCUUUUAAUUUUUCAUCUGCAACUAGCCCCUUUCAGUUUCAAAAAACUAUUGAAAGUUAUGUAGAAAAAAGAUUAGGAAACACAUUUGGGCCACCUGGGGGUCUUAAAAUGACAGUGUUCAUAGAUGACAUAAAUUUGCCAGAAGUUAACGAAUGGGGUGAUCAAAUUACAAACGAGAUUGUCCGACAGACCAUGGACAUGAAAGGAUUUUAUAGUUUAGAAAAACCGGGUGAAUUCUACACUUUGAAUGAUAUUCUAUUUGUCGGUGCAAUGGUACAUCCUGGCGGAGGACGAAAUGAUAUACCAUCUAGAUUGAAACGCCAAUUUUGUAUAUUCAACUGUACUAUGCCAUCAGAUGCUUCGAUUGAUAAGAUUUUUCGAGUAGUUGGUGAAACGCACUAUAAUGCAAAACGAGGAUUUUCAGUAGAAAUACGAAAUUUGGUUAAAAAACUAACACCUAUAACAAGAGAACUUUGGCAUAGCACAAGGAUGACUCUGUUGCCAACACCAGCUAAAUUUCACUAUGUCUUUAGCUUAAGAGAUUUGUCAAGGAUUUGGCAAGGAAUGGUUGGAACGUUAAGCACUGUUAUAGAUUCUGCAAAAAUAUUAAUAAUGUUAUGGAGGCAUGAAACUACUAGAGUAUUCUCUGAUAGAUUUACAUCGUUGUCUGACAAAAGUUGGUUUGAUCAAGAGUUGAACAAAGUUGUAGAAUCUAGCUUGGGCACUCAAUAUAUAACCAUGCUGAAUACAGAUCCCCCGUUUGUAGAUUUCAUGAGAGAUGCUCCAGAGCCGACUGGAGAAGAAGGUGAAGAAGCUGACAUGGAACUUCCUAAGGUAUACGAGCCUGUUAUGGAAGAAGCUCAACUGAGAGAACGAUUAGAAAUGUUUUUAUCUCAAUUUAAUGAAAUGGUUCGAGGUAUUGGAAUGGACUUAGUAUUUUUUCCUGAUGCUAUCCUUCAUUUAGUUAAAAUAUCAAGAGUUAUACGACACCCACGUGGAAAUGUAAUGUUAGUAGGCGUUGGUGGUUCUGGUAAACAAUCUUUAACAAGGCUGGCUUCUUUUAUAGCUGGUUAUAAGACAUUUCAAAUAGCUUUAACUAGAUCUUAUAAUAUAACAAAUUUUUUGGAAGAUCUCAAACUGCUGUACAGAACAUGUGGUGUUCAAGCAAAGGGUACAACGUUUAUUUUUACUGAUUUGGAUAUUAAAGAAGAAGGUUUCUUGGAGUAUUUAAAUAACAUUCUAUCUUCUGGUGGAAUUACCAAUUUAUUUACAAAAGAUGAACAAUCUGAAAUUAUAUCAGAAUUAACUCCUAUUAUGAAACGGGAAAACUCCAAAAGAACUUUGAACCAUGAAAUUAUAAUGGAUUAUUUUUUAACAAGAACUUGUCAAAAUCUUCAUGUUGUGUUUUGUUUUUCACCUGUAGGAGAAAAGUUCCGAAAUCGAGCCCUUAGGUUCCCAGCAUUAGUAUCUGGAUGUACCAUAGACUGGUUCCAACCAUGGCCCAAAGAUGCUCUCGUCCAAGUAGCGGAACAUUUUUUGGUAGAUUUUGAUAUUGAGUGUACAGCUGAAGUUAAAAAAGAAUUAGUUGGUGCAAUGGGCACAAUUCAAGAUAUAGUUGAUCAUACUUCAAGUGAUUAUUAUCAACGAUUUCGCAGAGCUACUCAUGUCACACCAAAAUCAUACUUAAACUUUAUUGGAGGAUACAAAAGUAUUUAUCAUCAAAAACAAAAAGAAUUAGGAGAAGGAGCUCACCGCAUGGACACAGGUUUGGCAAAACUAGAAGAGGCUUCUAUUUCCGUAGAAUUGCUGAAAAAAGACUUGGAUGAUAUGGAACAAGAAUUAGCAAAUGCUUCUCAGAAAGCAGAAACUGUGUUAGUUGAAGUUACGGAUCGUGCAAGACAAGCAGAAAUUGUGAAAAAUCAAGUGAUGAAAGUAAAAGUUAAAGCAGAAGCUUUAGUAGAGUCAAUUGCAAAAGAAAAAGCUAUUGCUGAAGAAAAACUAGAAGCGGCUAGACCAGCACUUGAAGAAGCAGAAUCAGCGUUAAACACUAUAAAGCCUGCACAUAUAGCCACCGUUCGUAAACUUGGAAGACCUCCACAUCUCAUCAUGCGUAUAAUGGAUUGUGUUUUAAUAUUAUUCAAACGCAAACUGCAUCCAGUCAUAAGUGAUACAACAGUUAGAUGUCCUAAACCAUCUUGGCCAGAAUCCUUAAAAAUGAUGGCGAGUACAACAUUUUUACUCCAACUACAAAACUAUCCAAAAGAUACAAUCACGAAUGAAAUGGUAGAACUAUUGCAACUGUAUUUUAAUAUGGAGGAUUACAAUAUGGAUACAGCAAAAAGGGUCUGUGGUGAUGUUGCUGGAUUGUUAUCAUGGACUAAAGCAAUGGCAUUCUUUCACAGUAUAAAUAAAGAAGUUUUGCCUCUUAAGGCCAAUUUAACUUUACAAGAAGCUAGAUUGACUAUUGCAAUGGAUGAUUUGUCUAGAGCUGAACUUCAACUUUAUGAAAGAGAAGUAGCGUUAAAUGAAGUUAAAAGUCAAUAUGAUGCUGCUGUUCAAGAAAAACAAAGACUUACUGAUGCAGCAAAUGUUUGUCUGAGAAAAAUGACUUCAGCAACUGCUUUAAUUAAUGGGUUAGGUGGUGAAAAAAUAAGAUGGACUCAGCAGAGUAAAGAAUUCAAGAAACAACUUGGACGACUUGUUGGUGACGUUUUAUUGGCAACAGGAUUUUUAUCAUACUGUGGGCCAUAUAAUCAAGAAUUUAGAUCUAAUUUAGUACAAAGUUGGAUGAAAAUUUUAACAACACAAAAAGUACCAUUCACAGUAAAACUCAAUAUAAUAAAUAUGCUUAUUGACAAUUCUAUGGUAUCUGAGUGGACAUUGCAAGGUCUUCCUAAUGAUGAGUUAUCGGUGCAAAAUGCACUUAUUGUAACCAAAUCUAGUUCAUACCCACUUCUCAUUGAUCCUCAAAACCAAGGAAAAAUGUGGAUUAAAAAUAAAGAAUCGUCUAAUGAACUUCAAAUCACUUCAUUGAAUCAUAAAUACUUUAGAACACAUUUAGAGGAUUGCUUAUCUCUCGGAAGACCAUUAUUAAUAGAAGAUGUCAGUGAAGAGCUUGAUCCAGUAAUUGAUAAUGUAUUAGAAAAGAAUUUCAUUAAAUCGGGUUCAAUUGAAAAGGUGGUUGUCGGUGAUAAAGAAACAGAUGUAAUGCCUGGAUUUGUUUUAUAUAUAACGACCAAAUUACCCAAUCCCGCAUAUUCACCUGAAAUUAGUGCUAAAACUUCAAUUAUAGAUUUCACAGUCACAAUGCAAGGUCUUGAAGAUCAACUUUUAGGUCGAGUUAUACUAAUGGAAAAAUCAGAUUUAGAAGCUGAACGUGUGGCACUAUUUGAGUCAGUUAUACAAAAUCAACGUUCAAUGAAAGAAUUUGAAAGCAAUUUACUGCAUAAAUUAUCUUCAAUUCAAGGUUCAUUGGUAGAUGAUGAAGAUUUAAUUAGUGUACUCCAAGAGACCAAAGCCACUGCCGAAGCUGUAAAUGCAAAACUUCAAGUUUCCGAACAAACUGAAAUAAAAAUCAUGAAGGCCAGAGAAGAGUUUAGAGCAGUGGCUGCUCGUGGGUCAAUAUUGUACUUUUUGAUAGUUGAAAUGAGCAACGUAAACGUUAUGUAUCAAAAUUCAUUAAAACAAUUUUUAAUGAUAUUUGAUAACUCUAUAAACAAAUCAAUAAAAAGUUCCAUAACCGAAGAACGCAUUAUAAACAUUUUACAAUAUUUAACUUAUGAAGUAUGGAUGUUCACGAUGAGAAGUCUGUAUGAACGCCAUAAGCCAUUAUUCACGUUGAUGUUGGCUAUGAAAAUUGAUUGCCAUAAAAAUCAAAUUACACACGAAGAGUUUAUGACAUUUAUAAAAGGUGGUGCAUCAUUAGAUUUAAACGCAGUUGCUCCAAAACCUUUCCGAUGGGUAUUGGAUAUAACUUGGUUAAAUUUGGUUGAACUUAACAAGUUAUCAGUAUUUUCAAAUCUUUUAAGUAAAAUAAAACAAAAUGAGAAAGAAUGGCGCAUUUGGUAUGAAAAAGAAAAACCGGAAGAGGAAGAUAUACCUUGUGGAUAUAAUAAAUCUCUUGAUGUGUUUCGAAAACUUUUGCUGGUCAGGUCAUGGAGUCCAGAUAGAACGUUAUCACAGUCUCGAAAAUAUAUCAUGGAUUCUUUAGGACCCGAGUAUGGCGAAGCAUGCAUCUUAGAUUUGGAAAAAACUUGGGAAGAAUCGGAGCCACAGACACCACUCGUUUGUAUCUUAUCCAUCGGCUCUGAUCCAUCACCGCAAAUCACCGCUCUGGCUAAAUCUAAAGAUAUUCAAAUACGAUCUGUUUCUAUGGGUCAAGGUCAAGAAAUUCAUGCUAGAAACAUGAUAUCCGAUUGCAUAGCAAACGGUGGUUGGGUACUUUUACAAAACAUGCAUUUGUCUUUGCCAUUUUGUACAGAAGCUAUGGACGCUUUGUCGGAUUCGGAAGAAAUACACAGUACAUUUAGAAUGUGGAUAACUACAGAAGUACAUCCUCAGUUUCCUAUUGCACUACUUCAGAUGGCAAUCAAGUUCACAAAUGAACCUCCACAAGGUAUUAGAGCGAGUAUGAAAAGAACUUAUCAGAAUAUAAGUCAGGACAUGCUUGAUUAUUCGGCUCAACCGCAAUGGCCUAUUUUACUUUACGCCGUAGCAUUUAUUCACACGAUCGUACAAGAGAGACGAAAAUUCGGACCGUUGGGUUGGAAUAUACCUUACGAGUUCAAUCAAGCCGAUUUUGCUGCGAGCGUUCAAUUCGUUCAGAAUCAUUUGGACGAUAUGGAUCCAAAAAAAGGUGUGUCUUGGCCAACUAUUUGUUACAUGUUGGGUGAAGUACAAUACGGUGGCAGAGUUACUGACGACUUCGAUAAAAGACUUUUAAUAACGUUCACUCAAGUAUGGUUUUGUGAUGUAUUAUUAAGACCUGGUUUCGAGUUUUACAAAAGCUAUAAAGUUCCUAUGAAUCGCAAUAUACAAGGUUGUAUUGAUUACAUUAACAGUUUACCGGUAACGGAUUCUCCAGAAGUGUUCGGACUUCACUCAAAUGCUGAUAUCACGCAUCAAAUAAAUACCGCAAAAGGAAUACUAGAUACGAUUUUAAGCGUUCAGCCGAAACAGGGUGGAAGCCAAGGAGGAGAGACUAGAGAAAGUGUCGUCUAUCAUUUAGCUGACGACAUGUUAAAAAAAUUACCAAAACAGUAUAAAGAUUUUGAGGUAAAAGAAUCGCUGCAGAGGAUGGGUGCUUUAUUACCCAUGAACAUAUUCUUACGACAAGAAAUCGACCGUAUAAAAAAAGUUAUUGGAAUUGUACAAAAGACACUAUGCGAUUUGAAAUUGGCCAUCGACGGUACAAUUGUUAUGAGCCAAGGACUAAGAGAAAGUUUGGAUGCCAUGUAUGACGCCAGAAUACCACAGAAAUGGCAAAAAGUAUCUUGGGAAUCCGCUACUCUCGGGUUUUGGUUUACUGAGUUACUGGAACGUGAUAAUCAGUUUAGAAAAUGGAUAAACAGUGGUCGACCAAAUGUGUUCUGGAUGACUGGUUUUUUCAAUCCACAAGGAUUUUUAACGGCUAUGAGACAAGAAGUGACGAGGGCACAUCGGGGCUGGGCGUUGGAUUCAGUGGUGCUUCAGAAUCUGAUAACGCGCCAUAACAAGGAGGAACUGAGUGACUCGCCGCCGGAGGGUGUGUAUGUGUGUGGCAUGUUCUUGGAGGGCGCUAGCCUGGACCGGAAGACGGGUAAACUGGUGGAAAGUAAGCCAAAGGUGCUGUACGAACAAAUGCCAGUGAUCUAUGUAUUUGCUAUCAACACCACCGCAGGAAAAGAUCCGAAGCUAUACGAGUGUCCGAUUUAUAGGAAACCACAGCGGACGGACCUCAAGUAUGUAGGUUCAAUAGAUUUUGAGACAGACAACAAUCCGAGACACUGGACAUUGAGAGGCGUUGCCCUGUUGUGCGAUAUAAAAUAAAUAAUACGAUCGAUAUUGAAUUAUAUAUGUAUAAUAUUAUGUGCCUAUACUCGAAUAUUAUAUCAAAUUCAUAUUACAUUAUAAUAGUAGCUGUAUUAAUCGUCUUUGUCCAUGUUAAAUGAACAAUUAUAUUGGACUUAUUCAAUAAUAUUACUUAUUAGUGUUUUUUAGUUAUUAAAAUCACUCAUAUUUUAUUAUUGUGAUAUACUUGAAACUUAAAGAUAUAUAUGCAGUUGGUAUAACAGUAUACUAUACAAUAUAAUAUACUAUAUAAUAUGUAUGAAAAUGUAUAUGUAUAAUUUUAAAAGCUUUACUACGUGGCUAUAUACUCUAUGACCACAAAAUAUUAAAUAUUAUCUAUGUAUUUUUUCAUUUUAUAUACUUCUAUAAAUGAAAUCCAGAAUCUUUAAAACCUAUACUUACCAUGCGACCGACCUACACUAAUACAAUUUAUUGUCAUGGAAUUUUAGAUUCUGAACGGAGUGAUGAAUGUAUUGAUUUUACAA